UGUAGCGAAGUACAGUAGUAGAGUAACAUUGUCGCCGCCGCCGCCGGCCGGGGGGCGCCGCCGCACCCCCCCUUCCGCCGCCCCGAACCCGCUCUGCGAGCCGCCCGCUGAGAGAAGGCGCCCGAAGCCCCCCCUCCCAGCCCGGCCCCCGUUCCCGCCGUACCCCCCCACCAGGAAGCCGGACUCUAUGGGGCGGGACCCCGGGGGACGCUGACGCGCGGGAGCCAGCCUCGAACCCCCAAACCUCCAGCCAGGGCCGCCCCGGAGCCCCGCCCGCGGGCGCGCCGCCCUCCGCGCAGCCAUGAGCGAGACAGUUGUGUGUUCGAGCCGGGCCAUGGUCAUGCUGUACGAUGACAGCAGUAAGCAGUGGCUGCCCGCAGGCACGGGUCCCCAGACCUACAGCCGGGUCCAGAUCUACCACAACCCCACGGCCAACUCCUUCCGGGUGGUGGGCCGCAAGAUGCAGCAGGAUCAGCAGGUGGUCAUCAACUGUGCCAUCGUCCGAGGUGUCAAAUACAACCAGGCCACACCCAGCUUCCAUCAGUGGCGCGAUGCCCGCCAGGUCUGGGGUCUCAACUUCGGUAGCAAGGAAGAUGCAGCCCAGUUUGCCACGGGCAUGGCCAGUGCCCUGGAGGCCUUGGAAGGUGGGCCUCCUGCCAUCCAAGCACCACCCCCCUGGUCAGCCCAGAAUGGCCCUUCCACAGAGGAGAUGGAGCAGCAGAAAAGGCCCCAGCUGGGUCAGCAGGAGCACACAGAGCGGCACAUGGAACGCCGGGUGUCCAAUGCAGGAGGCCCACCUGCUCCCCCAGCGGGGGGACCACCUCCCCCUCCGGGGCCGCCUCCUCCUCCUGGUCCCCCCCCACCCCCAGGCUUGCCCCCCUCUGGAGUUUCUGCUGCAGGGCAUGGAACAGGGGGAGGCCCACCCCCUGCACCCCCUCUCCCUACAGCACAGGGCCCUAGUGGUGGUGGGUCUGGGGCCCCCGGCCUGGCCGCAGCCAUUGCCGGAGCCAAACUCAGGAAAGUGAGCAGGCAGGAGGAGACAUCAGGGGGGUCCCUGGCCCCCAAAGCUGAGAGUGGUCGAAGCACAGGUGGGGGGCUCAUGGAAGAGAUGAAUGCCAUGUUUGCCCGGAGAAGGAAAGCCACACAAGUUGGGGAGAAGACCUCCAAAGACGAAUCUGCCAGUCAGGAGGAGCCCGAACCCAGAGUCCCCGCCCAGAGUGAGCCUGUGCGGAGACCCUGGGAGAAGAACAGCACAACUCUGCCAAGGAUGAAGUCAGCGGCUUCCUUCACCAACUCUGAGACCCAACCCUCAACGCACAGCUCUGGUGAUGAGUCAGACCUGGAGAGAGUGAAACAGGAGCUUCUGGAAGAGGUGAGGAAGGAGUUGCAGAAAAUGAAAGAGGAAAUAAUUGAAGCCUUUAUCCAGGAACUGAAGAAGCGGGGUUCCCCCUAAGCACAGGAACCCAGAAAACCCUGUUUCUCCUUUCUGCACACCCCGCCGGUCACCCUGCUUUCCCUGCCUCGACUUGACCUGGAAUUGCUGAAGAAUACACGGGAAUGCAUCUUCUCACCCUUUCUCCUCCCCCUCCCUCCCCCAAUCCCACUUGGAAAUUUUCAAGGGGGUGUGGCUUCUCCAGCACCACGCCCAUACCUAUAUUGGCUGCUGAUUGGCUGGGGAGCCUUCAUCCUUUAGUCCCUCCCCCUCUGCCAUCCCCUUGGGGCUGGUUCCUCUGCUGGGGAUGUACCAAGUAACCCCGCAGUAAGGGGGAAGGAAGAAGGGAAUUUGAUGUUCCCUUGUUCUAGAUUCACUUUAACGCUUAAUGCCUUCGAUUUGUUUUUGUCUUUUUUUUUUUUAAGAAAAAGAAAUAUAUAUAUAUAUAUAUAUUUGGGAUUGGGGGGAAAGGGAAAUUUUUUUUCCUUGGUUUUGAUAAAAUGGGGUGUGGGAAUUUUUUAAUGCUAUUGGCCCAAGAUUGCCUCAAAUGGGGCAGCUAUUUAAGGGAGGUGUUCCAGGUUGGGGACCCUUCCAUCUCCUCUGCUCCUUUCCCUUUUCUAUGAGGAAUUCAGAUGCUGAAACUUUUUGAAACCUCCGUGGUUUUUUGUUUUUGUUUGUUUUGGAUAGGGCUCAGGGUCCAGGCCAUUUUUUUUGUCCCCUUAGGGACACUAGGCCAUUUUUUUUUUGGUCCCCUGGGGAGACUUGGGGGGCAAGGAGAAGGAGAGGAGGCUCCUUGGCUUCUUGAAUACAAGCCCUUGCUCAAUAAACCUGCCGUUUUUAUAAGCUGA